AUGAGCACCGUGAGAGCCGUGAAGAGCGCCGUGGUGUGCCUGGCCCUGCUGCCCCGCUUCCUGCUGGCGGCCGCCGCGUGCUGGCUGCUGGACUUCCUGUGCAUCAGGAAGCGGGUUCUGGUCCAGAUGAGGGAUCAAGACGCAGACGCCCUCGACCCUCCUCUGCGCGUGUCAGACUCCAACCGGCUCUUCAGCCGGGAGUCGCUCCGAGCCGUGUGGCGCGGCCACAAGCUGGACUUCCUGAAGGCGGCGCGUCUCGGCCGCGGGGCUCCGAACACCGAGGUGGUGGAGCUGCGGGACCACCGGCGCGCCCGGAUCCUGGACUACGCCCGGGACAAGAGGCCGCUCAUCCUCAACUUUGGCAGCUGCACCUGACCUCCGUUCAUGGCGCGCCUGAAGGCGUUCCGGCGCGUGGUGCAGCGCAACGCGGACAUCGCGGACUCCGUGCUGGUGUACGUCGAGGAGGCGCACCCGUCGGACGGCUGGGUGAGCUCGGACGCGCCGUACCAGAUCCGGACGCACCGGUGUCUGGAGGAGCGGCUGAGCGCGGCGCGCCUGAUGCGCGCGGAGGCGCCCGGCUGCCCCGUGGUGGCGGACAGCAUGGACAACUCCUCCAACGCCGCGUACGGAGCGUACUUCCACAGGCUGUACGUCCUGCAGGAGGGGCUGGUCGUCUACCAGGGGGGCAGAGGACCGGAGGGCUACCGGAUCACCGAGCUCAGGGACUGGCUGGACCGGUACCGGCAGCGGCUGAUCGAGUCCGGCAGCUCGGACCUUCACGUCUAG